UGCAUUUCAAGUUGCUGGCCAUCCCUUCGACCCCCGUCGCAUUCGGGCUGCACUGGCAGGCAAACUCUCUUCCUCUCCCGCCCUCCGAGUCCCCUUCGUGUCUCCAUCCCCGAUACCACCAACUUGAACUACCAGUACCACCGCCAAACUGCGCCUUCAUCCCCUUUCAUGCGCGUUUCCUUUCAAUCCUCGAUCUCGUCCUCCAAUUGAUUCUUCUUCCUUAAUUCGAUUCCUCAUUCUUCAACCCUAGUAUCUCCAAAACCACCGAAAAUCAUCGCCGCCUACACUCGUUCAGGCUCCAGCUUUUUGCCUUCAGAACUCUUCGACCAACUCCAUUGUUGAGUGUAGGACGCCCAUUGUCGAUCAUUAUUCUUUGACUCGUCCAUCCGACUCUUCGUUUCUCAGUCUUGAUCGGCAACUGUGUUGCUGGCAUCUAUUUCUUGUUAGCCGAGUGCAGACGACCACCCGGACCACACCACCACCACCGCCAACGUAAAGCACAGCCCAUUUACGCUCGGUCCUCUUCCCAGCCAACCUGCGCCUGGACAUAAACCUCCUCAUACUUGACGACAACGCUUUCAGUCGUGCCGACUUCUUUGUCUGCGCCAGUUUGCUUGCAUUGGCGAUUUUUCUGGACAGUCGCCCCUUUGCCAAACCUUCAUGCCCACAUACGGAACUCCCUAUUCUCCGUCUCUGAAGAAGCACAACAUGUUGGAAGCUCGAAGAGGAAACAGGGUCGACUUCGGCCACAUUGUCGGUGAUCCAUUCGCGUUGGCGACCAUAUCUAUCAGUCUGCUUGCGUGGUUAAUUGCCUUUAUUGCCUCCAUCAUUGCCGAUAUCCAGGAUCCUUUCCCAAAAUAUGCGUGGUGGACGGUUGCCUAUAUGCUCUGCUGUAUCUUGGGGGUUGCCUUUGUUUUCGCGACGAACUCUGCCAAUACCUACGCGAUUGCCGUUGUUGGUUACCUCGCUGCUGGCCUUGUCAUGACAACAUCUGCGGUCAAUUCCCUUGUUUAUCAGCCUCAAGGGGCCAUGGAAGCAGCAGCCGCUGGCCACAUCUUGUUGUCUAUAGUUGCUAUUGUUUGGAUCUUCUAUUUCGGCUCCACACCAUCAGCCGCCCAUCGCGAGUUCAUCGACCAAUUUGCCCUGCACAAAGACCGCAACUCCUUCCGAGGUCCUGCACCCAAUAUGACCAAUGCCUACGACCGUCCCCAAACCACAGCUUCUGCCCAGCCUCCGCAGAUGUACACUUCGGCUCAACUGAAUGGCUUCGAAACAUCGUCUCCAGUUUCUGGAUAUCCAGGGGGACCUGCAGGCGCGGGUGCUCGGCCAUCUGUACCACCAGGCUCUAAUCCGAGCACUUCUCCUGCGGCACAAGACGUGUCCCAACCCACAGAGUACCCCUACCGGGCGAAAGCCAUUUACAGCUACGAGGCAAAUCCGGAUGACGCCAACGAGAUCAGUUUCAGCAAGCAUGAAAUCCUGGAAGUAUCAGACGUGAGUGGUCGUUGGUGGCAAGCAAAGAAAGAGAACGGCGAGACGGGUAUUGCACCUAGCAACUACCUGAUCUUAUUAUGAGGCUACACACCAGAGUUGAGCUCGUUUUGCAGCCACGAUGGGUACGAGAGGCCCGAAGAGGCUCUUGUCAGCAUCCUCUAACGACCCGUUUCACGACUUUCCUUUGCACUUCUCUUUUGCACCGACCUUUUAUUCGUCGACGAGCCCAUGUGCUGGUUAAACUACCGACUAUGCUCUCUACCCACAAAACUUCUGGACAAAUGUCAGACCAGGACUUCGGAUACGUGGAUUUUGACUUCGCUUCCAAGCUGCAACGAUACAUGGCAGACGUUUGAACUUUGGGUGGUUCUUUCUUCAUUUGGUCUACGAUGCAACGGUUUGGGAUUCUCAGGCAAACAGUGUACAGGCGUAAUGGCGCUACGAAGGGAGGUGAACCGUCCGAGGGCUUUACAAACUCAAAGGAGAUUAUUCUUUGGGCCUGAUUGGGGCCGGACUAUCCUUUCUUUAUUCCCUACUUUUUCAUUCAUCGUUCUGAGACGAUCCGAACGAAACUGUACCCAUUGUCCGUGUGGAGAGAUUUACAGUGUUUGAGUUUGACGGGGCCUGCUGCGAAAACACGGAUUAGCUGGAGGACUCCAGCGCGGCUAGCGCAAGGACUGGCUCCCAGCGAGAGACAAGUUCGUCCUCCAGAUAGCAUAGAAAGAGCCUGGGGAUUUUAUUUCUGGGCUCUCUCUGAUUUCAAUGGGAAGGUCAUAUUGGUAUGACUGUGCCGAGAGAAAGUGCCCGGAACACAUUUAUGUAAAAUGAGCAACACCGAGUUACAGAGCCUUCAAGCUCCUAUUCCAGCUCCGUUGUGCUAGUAGGCAGAUAUGGAUGGAAUAAGUCGCAUUUCAAGUUCAUUGCUUAGCGGUCAAUUGAUGCAUGUUUCUCAUGAGCAAUAUAUCUCAUCAGAGGUGGUCAUAUCUCGCAUUGAUCCAGUUCUAACAGAACGGUCCACAACCACAGUCUGCGCUGGUAGGCUCGCGGCUGUGAUACAAUAAUGGAGCGUUUAUGUGCUGUGGCCCAUGCAACCAACAUAAUCCGCUACCUAGGUAUUUAUAUCCAGA